UGAUUCAUUACCCUCUCCUCUCAUCUCAACUCUCCUAUCUAUGUAACUUCCCACUUUGCGUUUACCCUUUUUACUUUAUCUCUCUCUCUCUCUCAUUCAUUUACAAGUUCCAAGUUCAGAGUUCCAUUACACAACACAACACACACCUAUUUGUAGUUGUAGACAAGACCUAGGAAGCCACAUAAAUAGACCCCAAGAGGUUAACUUUUAGGCAUAUUAUGCGAACGAGGAGACGCCUCUCUUAUCUAAAAACCAUGUCUUGCCGGAAAAGACAAAAGACUUCGCCGGACAAAACCUCCGAUUGCUUCGACUCUCUCCCUGACGACCUCGUCCUCUCUAUCCUCUGCAAGCUCAGCUCCACCGCCACCUCCCCCUCCGAUUUCAUCAGUGUCUUAAUAACGUGCAAGAGACUAAACUCCUUAGGCCUUCACUCUCUUGUCUUAUCAAAAGCUUCCCACAAAACAUUCUCAGUCAAAGCCAAAAACUGGUGCGACUCUCUUCACCGUUUCCUCAAACAUUGUGCCGACGCCGGAAACAUUGAAGCCUGUUACACUCUCGGCUUGAUUCGGUUUUAUUGUUUGCAAAACAGAGGGAGCGGCGCGGCGCUGAUGGCGAAGGCAGCGAUGAACUCUCACGCGCCGGCGCUGUACUCGCUCGCGGUGAUACAGUUCAACGGAAGCGGCGGCACGAAAAACGACAAGGACCUUCGAGCGGGUGUGGCGCUUUGCGCACGCGCGGCUUUCCUCGGUCACAUCGACGCGCUUCGGGAGCUUGGUCAUUGCCUUCAAGACGGUUACGGCGUUAAACAAAACGUAACGGAGGGUCGACGGUUUUUGGUGCAAGCCAACGUGCGUGAACUCGCCGCCGUGCUCUCCGCCGGGAAUAACAAGCGUCCCUGGCUGACGUGGAGCCACCAACCUGUCCCCCACCCGAGGCUCCGGUCGGAAACCGGGUCGGGUUGUCCGCUGUUGAGUGAUUACGGCUGCAACGUUCCGGCGCCGGAGGUUCACCCGGCGAGUCAGUUCAUGUCGGAGUGGUUUGAUAUUCGGGGCGGGUUUCCGAGUGCGGGUAUGAGACUCUGUUCUCAAUCGGGUUGCGGGCGACCCGAGACAAGGAGGCACGAGUUUCGAAGGUGUUCGGUUUGUGGUGUGGUGAACUAUUGCUCACGCGCGUGUCAGGCGCUUGAUUGGAAGUUUCGGCACAAGGCGGAAUGUGCUCCCGUUGAGAGGUGGCUCGAUGACGACGACGAAGAUGUCGCCGGCGAGAAUGACGGCGGAGAUGACGGAGUAAUGAUGGUUGAUAGUUAGAAAACUAGACUAUUUUUACAAACGUUAACGGUGACGGUAAGCCUGCUUGGAAGUUUCGACGGGUAUGAAUCUAUUUUUAACAUGGGGUAAAAUGGGGGGAAAAAUCUCAUUUAUUACCGUGGCUUUGCAAGUGCAACUUCAAUGACAGGGUUUUGCUUCGACCUCUUUUCCUUUUACUUUUACUGUUGUAUAGAACCGUAAAUUAAUUCUCCUGAAAAACAAAAUGAAGGGGAUAUUUUUUAUUAUAGAGCAACUAUCAUCCUUAAUUAAUUGUUAAUUCUGCAAAAUUAAAAUAUAUGAACUUUUUAUGUUUGUUAAUUCU